GAUGCGUUUGUUUCCGAAAAGUGAACGUUUCACGAGUCAACAGCAACGUCUUUCGAGAAUUUCUAACGCUGUUUGAUACAUUUUCCUUCUUUUUAUCCGUCAUCCAAUGUUUUAAGUGAUGAAAUAACGUCGGUUAGCGUUUAUUUUCGAUAUUAGUGUUCAUAGUCGUAAUUAAGUAAUCGCUAGAUUACGAUAUAAGCUAAUAUGGGCGACGAAAGCCAUCCGAAAACUCUCUACGUCGGUAAUUUAGACGCGAGUGUGACAGAAGAAUUUCUAUGCGCGUUGUUCGGACAAAUAGGCGAGGUAAAAGGUUGUAAGAUAAUUCGUGAACCGGGCAACGAUCCAUAUGCAUUUCUUGAAUUUACAAGUCACUCGGCGGCUGCUACGGCCCUGGCCGCCAUGAAUAAACGAGUGUUUCUUGAGAAAGAAAUGAAGGUUAACUGGGCUACGAGUCCCGGUAAUCAACCCAAGACGGAUACUAGCAAUCAUCAUCAUAUAUUUGUUGGUGAUCUAUCACCAGAAAUCGAAACGCACAUAUUACGAGAGGCAUUUGCGCCUUUCGGCGAGAUAUCAAACUGCCGGAUAGUCCGUGACCCACAAACGCUGAAAUCCAAAGGAUACGCUUUUGUAUCGUUCGUGAAGAAGGCAGAUGCUGAAGCGGCGAUCCAAGCAAUGAACGGUCAGUGGCUGGGUUCGCGCUCCAUACGCACGAACUGGUCGACUCGUAAGCCCCCACCAAAUAGGCCAAACGAGGGUGCACCGAGUAGCAAGAGAGCCAAACAACCUACAUUUGAUGAGGUUUAUAACCAGAGUUCACCGACCAACACAACUGUAUACUGUGGAGGUUUCACAAGCAAUGUUAUUACUGAGGAACUAAUGCAAACCACUUUCUCACAGUUUGGCCAGAUACAGGAUAUAAGAGUAUUCAGGGACAAAGGCUAUGCUUUCAUUAGGUUCACAACAAAAGAAGCGGCAGCACAUGCCAUUGAAGCAACACAUAAUACAGAAAUUAGUGGACAUACAGUUAAAUGUUUCUGGGGGAAAGAGAAUGGAGGUGGUGAUAAUCAGAGUACGAAUAAUGCGCCAGCGGCGCCAGCGACGAUGGGUGCACAAACGCAGUACCCCUAUCCAUAUCAACAAGGAAUGGGAUAUUGGUAUGCUCAGGGUUAUCCUGCGUUACAAGGAUAUAUGGCGCCCGGUUACUACCAGCAAUACACCGCAGCCUACAGCAACCCGCAAGCUGCCGCCGCUGCCGGCUACCGCAUGAGCAUGCCCGGCGGCGCGGGCGGCGCGAGCGGCGCGGGCGGCGCGGGCGCGGCGUGGGGUGCCGCGCCGCCCGUCAUGUACUCGGCCGCGCUGCCCUCCGCGCAGUACCCCUCGCAGUAGCGCUGCCACGCCAUGAGCUCGCUAGCCGCGCCCGCACCGAACGAUGUACACUGAUCGCACCCUCCACCGGCGUAAACUCACAUUUACACAUCCCACUAGCGCGCCCAGCGCUUAUUUCCUAAUGUUUGUACAUUUUGAAGUCAGUGCUGCCUUUAAAUAUUGAGGUCAACGCUGACUUCAGAAUAUUUAUACAUUUUAAAGUCAGCGCCUAAAUAUUUAUAUCGGCACUGAAGCAUUGUACUGACUUAAAACUCGAGAUGAGCCCCUAUCGCCAGUUAGUACCAUAUUUAUUUACAUUUACCAUCUAGAGUUUGAGGUCGGUACCUGUCCUGAUGUAAAUCUGCCUUUAAAAUAAUUUUACACUGUGACAGUAUCGGAUCAGUACUAGCUCGUCUCGAGUUAGUAACUGACUCAAUGUAAAUUUGCCUUAGUCAAACGAACUUUACUAUUUCUUCGCCUCUUUCUCACUGGAGUGCAAGAGCGCAAUGAAGCGACGGGACGAUUCCAUAUCCAUUUAGCAUGUUUUUUUUUUGUAAAGAGUCGGCUGGAUAGCCUAAUUAAUUUUGGAAGCAGUGAUACUUACGUAUUCCUUAUUUGCUGUAAGGGGAUUUACGGCCGGAUCCCCCGUAAUUACAGCAACUAAGUGUUUUUAACUUGCUUGUACUGGAGAUCUAUGAAUCUGUGUUUUUCCACACUGUUACCUUUUUUAAACGGCGAUGGAACAACUACCUCAAUAGCGAUUCAUUUAACACUCACCUUUAACACUUGAUCAUUGUACAUCGUCGUACUGCGUGAAAAUAUGUCCAUUUAGACUAGCGAAUCGUCAUCUAUCUGCAAUAUUGUCACACGUCUCCAAGAGAAACAACCCGAAGUUGGCAAUAUUGUAUAUAAAUCCAUCGAAGCUCAUGUCGGGGCAGACAACGGUGACAGUCGGUGACAUGAAACUGUAUGUGCCAAGCGACGGACUAUGUGAACGCCAUAGGUGGCAUACGGCAUAUAUAAGUGGUCUCAGUAGUAACCGUGUGACAAGUGUUUUCGUCGCCGGCCGUCGCCUGUCGCCCGUCGUUGCUCGCCGUCGCCAGCCGUCGCCGGUCGCCGCCCGCCGUCGCCAGCCGUUGCCGCCCGUCGCCGCUUCGCCCGCUACGGCCAGCGCUCGGACGGGUAAACGGCUCCCGAAGUUAGUCGACCUACAUAGAUAGGACAUAACAAAUAAAUUAUAAAUUUAAAAAAGUUAUAAAUAUAUAGGGGGGGUAGUGUCGCGAGUGGCCUCGUGUACAUACGUUGAUAUUUAUUGGCGCCCUGCGCUGGCAGACUGAGUAUAUACCCCAGAACUCCUCACAAGACGCGCCAGACAGUUUGACCUAUUUAUAAUUAUUAAGUUCGGCACAUGUUGUUUUGUUUGACCUUGUUAUGAUUUAUUGUAUGGAAACACUGGUAAGUCAAUAAAGCAGUGGGUCUGGGACAACGGGUGUUUGAUUUACCAUUAUAACUAACUGUAUUAUGUUUAUUUCUGGGUCCAAAAUUUUAUAUGAAACGAACGUUCGAUUCGACUCUGUGAUUCAAGUCUGCACAAUAUAUUAUUCGGACUACGAGAAAUUUAUUGUAAAUUCUUAAAGGUCAUUUUGUAAAAGAAGAAAUAAAUAGUUUAAGUUUACAAUUACUUUUGA